CCUUCAUUUGAUCAUCCCCAAAACCCAAAAUCCUAGAAGUAUACUCUGUCAAACGAUGGAUUUUGAUCAACUCUUACUCUUUGAGCAUGCCCGCAAGACUGCUGAAGACAACUACGCGGGAAAUCCUCAAGAUGUUGACAACUUGACAAGAUGGGGCAGCGCCUUGCUAGAGUUGUCUCAGUUUCAGAGUAAUUCCGAUGCGAUGAAGAUGGUCGAAGAUUCUAUCUCGAAGCUGGAGGAGGCAUUGACGAUCGAUCCUAAGAAGCAUGAUGCUCUUUGGUGCCUGGGAAAUGCUCAUACUUCACGUGCAUUUUUAACUUCGGAUCUAGAAAUGGCAAAAGUUUAUUUUGAUCGGGCAUCUGAGUACUUUCAGCAAGCUUUUGAUGAGGAUCCAGGGAAUGAACUUUAUCGUAAAUCCUUGGAAGUUACUGCGAAGGCUUGUGAGAUGCAUAAAGAGAUUCAUGAGCCUGGUUUUGCUCAGCAGGCAGCCGAGACUGGACCUUCUAUUUCAUCUGGCACAAAGACCCAAAAGAAAAGGCAGAGCAGUGAUCUGAAGUAUGACAUAUUUGGGUGGAUAAUUUUGGCCGUUGGCAUUGUUGCAUGGGUGGGAUUGGGAAAGCCCCACCCGCCACCUACUUCUCCUCCACCUCUUCAAUAAGCGAAUCAUUUGAAUUGAUGCUAACAAUUCUUUCAAUUAUGGUUUUGAUUCUUGUUAUUCACUUCUGAACCAUUUCUUAUCACUUAAUCGUUUGUGUGAUGCUUCCCUGGCUAAUCAUUUACCCAUCCACCACCAUAGGGAGCAUCUUUCUAUUUGGAUUCAAUUAUGCAGUCAUUCUUUUUAGCUUA